AUGCUUUGUGCCAGUCAGAGCUUCCAGGAAUCAGGACGCAACCUAUCCUGCUGUCAUUCCAACUUCAGGUCGCCUUGUCUGAUUUGCAGGUGCGCAUGGUAUGGCGGCCUGAUCAGCUUGCGUGCUGGUCCGAGGAGUUCGCCGUCACUUCCUCGGCCGUCGUCCUCUCAGCCACCACAAGUGCCAGUUCGUUUGACAAGCCCACUGUUUCUUUGUGCCAAACUUUCUAAGAGCCGUAAUCUACUGGCAGCAGCACUGGAGGUCUCUAAGGACGGGUCCUCCGCGGUUCUGGCCAAUACCCUGCCUUCCAAAGGGGCUAUUGAGACAUUGCGCAAUGCUGAUGCGGUAUGUUUCGAUGUUGAUAGCACGGUCAUCCUGGAUGAGGGCAUUGACGAGCUUGCUGAUUUCUGUGGGGCAGGGAAAGCUGUUGCUGAAUGGACAGCAAAGGCCAUGACAGGGACUGUCCCAUUUGAGGUGGCGCUGGCAGCCAGGCUGUCUUUAAUCAAGCCUUCUCUCUCCCAGGUGGAGGAGUGCCUGAAGAGGCGGCCACCAAGGAUUUCUCCUGGAAUGGCUGAUUUAGUUAAGAAGUUAAAAUCCAAUAAUAUUGAUGUGUUCCUUGUGUCAGGAGGCUUCCGACAAAUGAUCAAGCCUGUGGCAUUUGAGCUUGGUCUUCCUCCUGAAAACAUCAUUGCAAGCCAAUUGUUAUUUGGCACUUCCGGGGAGUAUGCUGGAUUUGAUCCCACAGGGCCCACUUCGCACAGUGAUCAUGCCUACAAGACAGUUGUUAUGAUUGGUGAUGGUGCAACUGAUCUGGAGGCUCGGCAACCUGGCGGAGCAGACUUGUUCAUCUGUUAUGCUGGUGUUCAGAUGAGAGAGCCAGUCGCAGCAGAAGCUGACUGGGUGGUGUUUGAUUUUCAAGAGUUGAUCACGAAGUUGCCAUAA